AGCCGCAAUCCAGCCAGGCCGGCAGCCCCAGUCCCACUGCUUCCAUAGACUGAACCAGCAGGCUUCUGCACAGCCUCAGAUGGAAAUACUGUAGGAUUUCACUCUAGCCACAUGGUUUAUCUCAGAUUUUGAUUUUAAAUGGGCGUCGCACUUGGCCUUGCACCUUCCCUCCCCGAGUUUUGUGAUUUUAUAAUUUAUUGUUAUGCAAGGAUUUAACAUACCAAAAAGAUGAUCGGGGGCUACGUUUUUGGCUGGAGAAGCCUGCGAUCGACUGAAUGCAACACAUAAAUACGAAAGGGAAGGAUUAUUAUAUGGGUUUGAUUUUUCUGACCUGCCCUAUCCGGAUUUCGGAUUACUAAACAUUCUUCGGAAUGGAAGGACGGGAUUUCGCUGCUCCGGCGCACCUCCUUUCAGAGCGGGGCGCCCUGGUGCACCGAGCCGCCUCUCGGAUCGCUCCCUCGGGCCACAGCUCUGUGCAGCACGCCGGUCACUUCCCGCCGGGGAAAUACUACCCCUCACACAUACCGAUGGCUCCCCACUCAGGCAGUGGAUUGAUGGGCAAUUCUUCCACCUCCUUCAUGGGGACCUUUCUGGCCAGUAGUCUGGGUUCCCCCCCUUCCCACCCGUCUCACCCCUCCCGGCCGCCCUCCUCGCCCUCUUCACCCUCCUUCCGAGGCGGACCCCACUCCAGCGCCUCACAAAUCUGGUUUCCCCAUUCACAUGAAGCAGGUCCAGGGUAUCCUCGAUUCUCAGGGAGUCUGGCCCACACUUUCCUUCCAAUGAGCCACUUGGAUCACCAUGCCAACAGUGGAGUUCUCUAUGGGCAGCACCGUUUCUAUGACACGCAGAAAGAGAACUUCUACCUUCGGGGUCUCCCAUCCCAGCCACCUCUCAUCUCAGCCAAUCACAGUCUGCCACCAAUGUCCAGAGCAGGUUCAGGACACUCUCAGGGGUCCUGCAGCAGAGACAGAGAUCCAGGGAUUGGGGCAGGCAUACAUAAGGGUCUUAAAGAGGGGUCUGUGGAGAGAGGAGUGGUACUUGUCAAGGACAAGGAGAGGUCCAGUAGCAAACAGGAGGCUAAGGAGAGACACCAACAGCAGCAGCACCACAGCCACCAGCCACCCCAGCCCACUCAUCACCACCACUCCCACACCCAUCAGCAUCACCCACACUAUCCACAGCACCCCCUGCCCCUGGAGGAGGUUAACAGUCGGGCCCUGGAGAGGCACAAGGCAUCACUCACAAUGGAGUAUAGCAAGGAACACCCUCAGAGUAUGGGCAAGCCCCUUAGUGCCUGCUUGCACAAUGGCAAGAUGCAAAAUGGAGACACGGGGAAUGGAGCAGGGGCUAAGGUCUCCAUGUCCAGCUGUGGUGGGGAGGGCACAACUCUUCGGGCUAUGGGGGGUGGGGGGAGCAGCCAGGGCCGACAUAUGGGGUCUAGUGGCAGUAGUCGCUGCACCAAAGAGGGGGUAAGUGGGGAAAUGAGGAUCAGUGAGCAACCUUCAGACUGUCUGGAAAGGGGUCAGGCGCCACUUCACCACUCUCUGCCCUACUCUGUACCCCCACCCUUACACAUGGGUUCUGCUGCUGGAGGGACACAUCCCCAUCCACAUCCACAUGCUCACCCCCACACACAUCCUCAUCCAGGGGGCUUCCACUGCCUUCAGCUCCACCCCAGCCACCCACACCACCCACAUCAUUCCCACCAUACACACCACCAUCCGGACUUUUUCUGCCCACCGCCACCUGCUCCCCUAGCCAACCCUGCCUCACAUGAGAGAGGUCCAGUCAAUGUGGGACGAGAACCUAAAGUCACGGGGCCGACAUUUGUGCCAUCUGUGGCCGACUUAGGGGACAAGUCUGGUGGGCCAUUCCAGCUUGGUAACCCUGACUGCCAGGGUGUGGGUAGUGGAGGAGGAGGAGGCAAUGCCAAGGACAAGACAAUAGAAAAGAACAGUGGUGGUGGGCACCAUAGUAGUUGGCAUAGAAAACAGCCACAGCAACAACAACAGCAGCAGCAGCAACAGCAACAACAACAACAGCAACAGCAGCACCCAUACAGAAAAACAGAGAAGGCUCCAGACUGGAUGCAGUCACACCACCAACACCUUCAACCAUCACAACUUCCUCCACCUCCCCAACAACAGCAGCCUCCACAUUCUCAACAGCAGCACCAGGUUGUGCGAUCACGGAGUGCUGAGUGCAUCAACAGUGGUGUUGACAUGGAUGUGUUUAGACCCUCGCUGCCCCAGGGACCCAAAGCGGGGCACUCUGUCCCUCAUUCUGUAAACACUUCACCUUACAGAGACUGUUCUCAUCCAGGACCUCCACCUAACUCCUCCCCACUUGGAAAUAAAAACUUGGGCCAACACAGUGGGACUGGAGCAGCCCACGGUCCUGGAGGCAGCUGCUCCUUACAGAGAGAUGGCCAAAAGGUAGCCAGGAUUCGCCACCAGCAGCACGGCCGACCUGGUCCAGAUGCUCCCUCUCCAGCUGAGCUGAACCAGGGGAAUAGUCAAGAGCUUAAAAGAAAGAUGGACAUGUCUCCGUACGGUUACAGCAACAGCAGUGGGCAGCACCACCACCAGCAGCCCACAGUGCCACCAUGGGCUAUGAGGCCUCCCCAUCACAUGUCACAACCUGAGGAAGAGCAGAGGAAGUCCUACAUGGAGUUAGGAAGCACUGGUGGGCAACAUUCGCAGCAGCCACCACAGCAGCAGCAGCAGCAGCAGCAGCAGCAGCAGCAGCAACAGCAGCCGCAGCAACAACAGCAGCAGCAGCAGCAGCAAGGAAUGAGCUUGCCUCCUCCACAGCCCCCCACUGCACCUCCACUUGGUCAGCAGCAGCCACAGCAGCAACCUGAUCCCCAGGGUCAAACACAGGGUGAGAGCAGUGCCAUGAAAAGCUUACUAAAGUACAGCAACCAGCAACAGCCACUGCUUCUCUCCCAGAAGAGCCCCUUUGGAGGGCUGGGAAGUCUCAAAUCAGGUCCGCCUGGGGGGAGUUGUGCCCUGCAGGGCAACAAACAAAGUCUACCAUCCAGAAAGGGCCCAGCCAACGAUGGUGAGCGCCCUGAUUACAGUGGGCGGAGCCGGGACAUGGGGGACACAGGUCAUGGGGAAAUUGAGGUGCGGCAGCCGCCAGUGGGAAUUGCAGUGGCAGUGGCCAGACAAAGGGAGCCACCUUGUCGUUCAGCAGACAGUCAUCCUAACAGCCGGCAGGGUCGAGUACAUCCCUCUGUGAAAGGGCCACCUCGCUCCAUGUACCCCUCAGAUCCCACCACUGAGGAGGAGAGAAAGAGGAUGAGUGAGGAACAGAUAGGUCUCACUUGCUUGGACAGAGACAGAGAUGCAUAUAUCAGGGAUAACAAGGAGAGGGUGGAGUUUGCAAGGAUUCACCCCUCUAACAGCUGUCACGGAGACCUCACCUCUCAUCUCAUGGUGCCAGGUGGGACUUCCCUCCAGUCUGGCCAGCUAGGAGAUCCUGCUGCACAUUCUGCUCAUCAUCACUGGAUGCCAAGAACUGGAAGCCCAUCCCUCUGGAUGACAGGGCAUUCUUAUGCAGGUAUAGGUCAUACAACCCUACACCAGAAUCUGCCCCCGGGUUUCUCUGCUGCCAUGCCAGGCCCUCUGCAGCCAGUCCUCCCUCUGCCUCAGGACCCCUCUGCUCAGCUAGUGGUCCUGCCCUCCGAGCCUCCCACUCAUCCUGCAACCCAUCACCUGGAUGUGAUGGAGCAGCCAGGACUGUGGCCCCCUGUGUACGGUGCCCGGGGCCCACCCUCCCACAUGCAACAUCCUGCUGUGUACUCCAGAUCUCAGUUUCUACGGCAACAGGAGCUGUACGCUCUCCAGCAGCAUCAACAGCUUCAACAUCAGCACCAGAGUCACCAGUCGCAGCAGCCACAACUGCAGUCUCAACCGCAACAGCAACAGCAACAGCAGCAGCACCGAGCUGCACAUAGCAUGAACAUGCAACACCAAGGAGCUCACAACACACAGAUGCAAAAGAGAUCAGAUGAGCCCUCGGUGGAACUAGAAGAACUCAUUUCAGAACCCCGAACAUCUAAACCUGCCAAGGCUUACUCUUACAACCCACCACAGAGGAGCACAUCACCCCCGGGUGCUUGUGUUUCUCACUUGUCCCCUUGCUGCCAGUCCCCCUCACUGCGACAACAUGCCAAAAGCACUCCGUCAACACCUUGCCCUGCUCCAAGCCCCGUUGCAGCAGCCCCUCACUCACCUGCCAUCAGCCCUGCCCCACCUCAAAUGCUCAAGAGGGCUGAAUCCCAGGACAAGAGAGGAGAAGGGCAGCCCCCACAGGAUUACCCAGAGUCUCUGGAGCCUGACUUGCCUCCUGGAUACACCUACCCUGCUAUUGCCAUGGGCUACAGGAGUGGACCCUCCCCUCAGGAUGUUCGACUGGCAGAGCCGGCCGACCUGGAAGCGAUCCAAGUGGAGCCUGCUGAGCAUGCUCCCCAGCCCCUCGCCAGCCUAGGGGAGGAGCUAGACUGCCAAGUGGUGGUCAGGCCCCUCUCAGAGCCACUCCCACUCAAGGAGCAAGAAGAAGAGAAGAGCGUGGUUGAGAGAGUUCUAGAACAGAGGGAGGAGGCGGAGGUAGUGGCAGUGACAGCAGCCAACUAUGUGCCUGGAGAGGAGGAGGCAGAGGAGCAGGGGCCUGCUGAGGAAGAGGUGCUGGUUUGCCCCCCUGCUGAGAGCCCAGUUUGCGAGGCUGCUUCCUGUCCAGUCCCCCUUUCAACAGAGGAGCCUGACAGGCCAGAAGCUGUCAUUACCUUGGAGGAGGAAGAGGAGGAGGAGGUAAUGGGCGAGGAGAGUCAGGUGGAGAAUUCUCAAAAGGUCAGCUUGCACGGAGAGCAGGAGCCAGAGCUGCCUGCCAUCAUCGAGCUUGACCCUGCUUCCCCUGUAGCCCCCGAGUUGAAGUCCCUGUCCCCCGAGAAGGCAAAGGACAGCGAGCUGCAGCAUGAGAACAAGAUGGCUCCUGAUGACAUCUCAGUGGAUUUUGUGUGUCUUUCCCCUGCUUCAGCUUCUGCCCCAAGCCCAAGUCAACCAACUGUUGCUGCGCCCCACAAACCUCUUGUGCCCUGCUACUGGAGUCUGGAGCUGCUGAUUGCAGCUGCUUUCUGCACAGACGUACCGCCAUUUCCCUUGUUCCCUUUUAAUGCCCCAUCAGUUGCCCCAUCGCAGUAUAGCCCCCACCAGGGCAUGGAGCUUCUGAGUGAGCUGGCUGACCUGGAGCUACAACAGCAGAAGCGCACCUGUGGGAAAAGCCAGGAUGAGGAGUUGCUCAUGUUUGACCUCCAAAGUCUUGCUACCUUGGCCACAGCCCGUGCACUGGAGUUGGGCUCCCAGGAAGGCACCAGUAUGGGCUCAGGGCGACACUUCCCAGCCCGCAGGAUCCUCAAUUUACGGAGGAAAUGCAGCUGGACACCUCGAAAUGAACCAGUGUGCCCAGCUAAAGUUAGCAUGGAAACAAUGGAUGGUCCUGAGCUUGCAAUGCGUGUGAAGCUGGCUGACAUACAGCGUCGUUACAAAGAGAAGCAGAAGGAGCUGGCCAAACUCCAGAGGAAGCAUGACCAUCAGAAGGAGGAAACACCUCGCAGCCCAGCACGGCGAGGGCCGGGGCGGCCGAGGAAGCGGAAACCCACCCUCACCACAGGCCCAGUGUCCUCAACUGAGGGCCAGAGAAAAGUCAAGUCGAUUGGGGCGGGGCUUGGCUUGUCGCCUGAGGACCUAGGAGGGGGCGGAGACAGUCACAGAAGGAAGAAGAGGCUGUCCAGUCGAGGCUUUGAGCGACUCAGCAGCACACAGCAGAUAAAAGCACAGGGCUGUAGAAAGAGUAGUCUUCACAGCGUGCUCAGCUCCAAGUUGGCUGGUGAUGUGGCUCAGCUCAAACAGAAGGGCCAGGUUAAAAAGAAUCUCUCGGGGACAGGCUCCAGAGACAAGGAAGUUUCACCCUGCAACUCCAACACCAAGCAUGGACACAGAAGCCAGGGCGCAAGCAAAGCCGAGUCCAGGCAAGAGUCUGGAGGACAGAGCGACACAGCAGCCAGUGUGGACAGUGUCCCUCAAGAGAGCUGGAUUGGACUGGUGCGCCGUGGACGUAAAAAGGGAUCAACUGCCUUGACGCAGGGUUCUUCCCAUCUGAGUCAGCCGAGGGCGAAGGUUCUCCGCAGGCAGAGGCAAGAAGCAGUGGAGGAGGAGGAGAGCUCACCUGCAGAGAGCGACUCCUCUGAUCAAGAAGAUGAAGAAGAGGAAGGCAGUUAUGAUACUGAUGAAGGUCAAGAUUACAGAGUCCAACCCCCCAGAGACGUCACUUCUAGCUCUUCCGUGGCAGGUCCGAGUCCCUCAUCUGUUGUAAAACUGGAGGCCAAUCAGAAAGCCAGGAACAAAAAACAGAGACAGGAGCUUUAUGGCUCCCAGAGUCUGUCUGGAGCAGAGGGGGAGGUCAAAGUGAGGAAGAAGCCUACCUGUAGGCUGGGCAUGGCUGCUGCAGUCAAAAACCACCAAGACCACCAAGUUCAACGACCUGAAGGUGUCAGAAGAACAUGUGGACCCAGGUCUAAGGAGCCUCGGUGGGGCAACCUCGGGACCAGGGGCAACCGCUAUCGGAGGAGCAUGGGGCUGGCCACCUUUCCAACUACCAAUGAGAGGCUGAAGAGGGCGACCCGUAAGAGCACCAUCCUGAGAGGAGCAAUCAGUAAAAGGAGAAGCUGCUGGUCAGUCGGAGCUCAAUCUCUGCAGUGUGAGGAGGGAGGCCGAGGACGAAGGAGCAAGGGCCAACAGCCAAAGGGACGAGCAGUGAGUCGUCUGCUGGAGAGUUUUGCGGCUGAUGAGGGCUUUCAGAUGGAUGGCAGCAGCUUCUCAGAGGAAGAGGAGGACAGCAGGCAUGCAUACAACAGCAAAAGCCCUGAAGCUCCUAACUGUGUCCUGACCAAAGAACUCUUAACUGAUGGACUGAAGGUGCUGAUCUCCAAGGAGGAUGAGCUUCUAUAUGCUGCCAGGGUCCACACUCUGGAGCUUCCAGAUAUCUUCAGCAUUGUUAUUGACGGUGAAAGAGGAAACCGCCCAAGAAUCUAUUCAUUGGAGCAACUGCUACAGGAAGCUGUCCUGGAUGUACGUCCGGAGUCAGAGACUAUGCUCAGCGAAGGAACGAGGGUGUGUGCUUACUGGAGUGAACGCUCACGCUGCUUAUAUCCAGGCUACGUUCGGAGAGGUGGUUCAUCUGAUGAGGGGAAGCAGGGAGGAGUGAUGGUAGAGUUUGAUGACGGAGAUCGAGGAAAGAUUUCUCUCCCAAACAUCCGCCUCCUGCCUCCAGGAUACCAGAUUUACUGUGGGGAGUCCUCUCCUGCCCUGCUGCUACCCAGUGGGACAACAGCCAAGAGAGGUUCCAGUCUGGAGCAGGCUCCCAUCAAUGAUAGACCCUCUGACAGACUCAGCACUAAAAACACUGUCACCAACGCCCAAAGUCUAACUGUCAUUAAAAGAAGACCAGGAAGACCAAAGGGGUCUGGGAAAAAACAAAAGCAGCAGCAGGCAGAAAAUGCCAAUAAAAAUCCUUCACCUUUCCUGGGCUGGUCUUCAUUAACUAACACUAGAAAGAGAACGUCUGACAAUCUAUUUCAGUUCAAUGGGGCACCCAGAAAGGCCUUGAGAGGGAAGGAGGAUGACCUUUUCUCCUUGCCUCACAACCAGGUACUGGCCUCCAUCCCAAGCAAAGGCCUUUUCAGCAGCAGCUCGUUUGAGGUGGACUCCUUCAGAAGCAUUGCAAAUGGUUACUCAUCCUUCUGUACUCAGUCUACAGGACCAAGUCCAGGUUUACCUCUGGGCCCCAGAAGUGGGCUGUACAGUGAGAAGCGCAGGCAAGAAGAACUGGUUAUGCCGAGGGCCAGGAAAUCUGGACAAGAAUUCCUGGUCAAGUUAGAUCAUGAAGGAGUGACUUCCCCCAAGACAAAAAACAGCAAGGCUCUGCUGCUGCGAGGUGGAUCUUCAAAUGUGAGUGGAAUGCCUAGGACAGAGGCAUACUCUCACCCAGUCCUGCUGGUUAAAGACAACAAAAAGGGUGGUGCCUCCAGGGUAGAACUUCUCCUGAAAGGAGCCACACCCACAAGAAAGCCUUCUCCAUCUCUGCGUCUGGGGGAUUAUGGUAACUUGGGCUUCAGCUCUCACAGAGAGUGUCACAGCUCCUACUCUGAUCUGGAUGAUGAUGAAGAGGAAGAAGAAGAGGAGGAGAGGAGCAGGGCUGCACUGGCUGCAGCCUCAGGAGGUCUAAGGACAGCUGGCCGUUUCCUUUCUCGUCUCUCUGUAUCCUCCUCCUCUUCUGGUUCUUCAAGCUCCUCCUCUUCAGGCUCUCUGUCCAGUUCUAGCCUGUGUUCCUCUGACAACGAUUCAUCCUACAGCUCAGAAGAUGAGGAUAGUUCCACACUGAUGCUGCAGAGUUGUCUAUCCUCCCACCGUGGGCUACUGCAACCAUCUGAACCCUCUACUUCUUCCAGGCCUCGCCAGCACUCCUUUGUGGCCAAAGCAGUGGCCGUUUCCAAUGCCAAAGGAGGCCCACCCGACCAGAUCUCCAACAGCAAGUCCUUGAAGAGAAAAGAAUGCACAAACUCCACCUCUAAAUCAAUUAAGGAAUUUGUGAAGAAACCUAGAAUGCUUCCAGAUGACAGCUCAUUUAUUCCAAGGCCCAAGAUGUCUGCAUUCCUCGCAGGACGACAAAUGUGGAGAUGGUCAGGAAACCCUACACAGAGGCGAGGUCUAAAGGGCAAGGCCAGGAAGCUUUUCUAUAAGGCCAUUGUGCGAGGCAGAGACACAGUGAGAGUGGGAGAUUGUGCUGUGUUCCUCUCAGCUGGACGCCCUAACCUCCCCUAUGUAGGUCAAAUUGAGAACUUCUGGGAGUCCUGGACCUCCAGCAUGGUCGUCAAAGUCAAGUGGUUCUACCACCCUGAAGAGACCAAGUUAGGAAAGAGGCAUCGAGAUGGAAAACAUGCCCUGUACCAGUCAUGUCAUGAAGAUGAGAAUGACGUCCAGACUAUCUCUCAUAAGUGCCGGGUGGUGAGCAGGGAGGAAUAUGAGUGUCUGACUCGUAAUCAGAAGCCGAACAGUAACUCCCCAGAACUCUACUACCUGGCUGGGACGUAUGAUCCCACCACUGGUCAGCUGGUCACUGCUGAAGGGGUUUCCAUCCUGUGCUGAACCUCCAUGAGGACACUAUGGCGGACUUCUUUGUAGGACGGAUAUGCUUUCAACUACGAGACUGCUCAGCCUUGCAGAAUGACAAAUGUUCCUUGGGUAUGCCUCAAGGACUCAUGGACUAAAUGUCAGCGCCAAAGCAGGGCUGUCUGAGAUUACACACUGGAGUCUGUUGGCGUCUAACCUUUGUGGAAGCGAAGGGGAUGUCCAUAACUGGUUGAUUCUUUCAUGAAGAAUAGUAAAAAGUCUGGGUCUUCCUGGGCUUUACCAAAUUUUAAUAAGUGGCGUUUGAAUCAUCUAACUAAUCUUUUUUCAAAGAUCAUAUGUGAUUAAUAGUUCACAACUGGUUUUAAGACUCAUGCUUCCAGCUCCUAUCAUACGUCACCAAAGGAGAGCUGAGAUUGCAUUAGACUGUGCAAAGUAUAAAUGAGGCUCAAUAGUCACCGUGGACCAAUUCUUUAGAGGUAGCCUUACCUGAGGGAAUGGAAAUGAAAGAGAGGCAUGGGGCUCUCCCUAGGCCUCUUCAUUCCAGGGAAGUUGAAAACAUGUAUAGGACUUAAAGUUGAUGUCUGUAAAUAUUUUGAAUUUUUCCCAAUCAAGCCAUACACUUCAGUACCUCUCACCUGUCUUAACUGUUCAGGUGUACAUUGUACAGUUCGAUUAUUGUAUUGUUGUCUGUUGUCUAUAUGUACAUAAAAGCUAUUUUAUAUAGGAGUUUAUUGUAUAUAUGAGAUGUAUCUUUCCAUGUUUGCAAUUGAUUUAUUUUUAUAUGGGUGUAGAAUACGUUACGUUGUGUUUUUCCUUUGCUUUGGGAAGUCAAGAUUGGAAAUGUUAGUGUUGCACUGCAUAUGCCCUGCUGAGACAGACCGAGACAGACAGAGCACAGACAAAGACAGAAGGAUUUAGUCUAUAACAGGACAAGACUCACUCUCUGAGAGAGAGGGGUCACCCUGUUUAAAAAAUAGGUCAAGUGGCUUUUUGUAUAAGUGUUCUGUUACUUCACAUUUUUGUUAGCCUAUUUUUUAAGAAAAACACCUUUUUAUUUAUGUACCUCUCAGUUGGUCAUCCUUGCAAAGCAGAUCCCACUGGACUGCAAUCACGGGUCAAAAAUGAUUUAAGAUCAGUGAUAUGAGUGUACUAUUAUGACACAAUAUUUGUGUGUGAUGAGUGUCCUGGCAUCACUAUAAUCAUGUCCACACAAAUCAAUUUAGAACAAGACUUGGUCGUUUAAUGAAAAAUGUUAUGGAAUACAAAAUACCAAAGUGUCUUUAUUACCUUAACUUUCUUUUAUUUAAUUUUUUUUAAGCACCUGUACUGAACUCAAAUCAGACAUCACUGGUAACUUAGAGAAUAUUUGUCCUCCACCAUGUGCAUAUGUAUUGGCUUUGCAUUGUGACAAUGGUUUCUUGCACAUGUACCUGCAGUUUUGUUUAGUACAAAAAUAUGCAGCAAAAUGCCACCUGGGGGUGUGACUAUGAAGGUCAAGGUACUGACAAAGUAAGAUGUUGAGUACUGAUUUAUUUGUUGAAAUCAGACUAUUUUAAUUUUGUUAGCCAUCUGCAUCUAUUUUGUACAGUAUAAACACAUACUCAAUGCCAACUGUGAAGGACAAUCAGAUUCACAAAGCAAUGGACAUAGGGUAGGUUCACUCAAUCUGAAAAUUACUUAAGUUUAUUUAAUUUGUGCCAAGUACAUUUUCUCUGUUUUUUGUCUUGUUUGAUAUGCAAUCCUGAGUUUGUUUGUU